CACUCUUGGGAUUAUACAUGGAUGCUGUUGAACGGGAGAGAAGAUAAUGUUUCCUGGCCUAUUUUGAGAGACGGUAAAGUAGGUGCGAAGAUGACAACGAAAACUUGCACAUGUACAUUGUCAAUCUUGGUGGGAAACGCCUCUGUCGGUCUACAGGGUUUGUCUUAUUGUUUUCUCCUUCCUAUCGUGCUUGUAUUUAGCUUGUAUGCAGACAUGUUUCUCUAA